AUGGGCGUGUUUUGGGACUGGCCCUCGCUGCUGCAGGGCGACCCGAUUAAGGCCAAGAUCGCAAAUGACGCCGCCCUGCAAGAGGGCAAGACCCAGAAGAGCACGGAGGAGGCCGCAGAAGAGGCGAAGCGGAUCCCCGCCGAGAAGGCCGCGUUCAAACACGCCUUGCAGGAGACGAUGGACCUGUGGUACGCCCACCAGGCCACCACCGUCCUCUUGCUGACACCAGGCCACCACCGUCCUCAUGCUGACACGGCAUCCCCGCGAAUGAGGCAGCACGCGCGAGUGCGGGUACGACCAGUCGGGCUGGACUACGUACGAGCGCUGUUCCGCGGAGCAGAUCAAGAGUGGCUCGCGCCUGGAUGCGCAUUGGGACGCAGUGGCCGAUCUCGGGCAGGGGGCGGGAUCAGAGAGGGCUGGGAUGGGCCGGCCGGUCGGCCCAGACCAGUUUGA